AGGACACUUCCUUUGGGUCAGGAAUGGUUCUGUCUGGGCAGACAGGCUGGAGAGGAAGGCACUACUGUUCUUUCCUUUUUGGGUUUGUCUUUUCUGGGAGUGUCAGGAGACUGGGGUGGUGGUAGUGAUGAAAAAGGGAAGAGUCCAGGUUCGGGCAGGAGCAAAGAGAAUUUCCUAGCCAGGGUUAGGAUGUAAGCAAGCUUCGUGGCCCAGUCCUUUACUUUGUCUCUCCUAAAUCUCACCUUCCCUGGACCUGACGUCUCAUUCUUUUUUCCCUGCUCCCAGGUAUUCCUCUUGGGGAUGGUUGGUGAAAUAGGGCAUGGUAGAGAGAUCUGAGGAGUGUAGGGGUAUGGGGAUAAUGAGACCUACACACACGCGCGUGCGCGCGCGCGAGGUAAGCCUGGCUGUCAGAGAGCAGAGCUAGAAUGGGAGAGGGACCUCACUGCUAGUGGCAAAGGCAGGAAGUAGUUAGGACAGGGAGACGUGAAGGCGGACACAUAAGGGGCACAGGCCACUGGUGGGGCAGGGGAGCACCAGGCAGGGUCAGCUGCGCCAGUAGGCUGCUAGGGAUGAGGAAAGAAAAGGGCCUGAGUUUAUCCUGUCGCCAUAAAGACGAUUCUUUUUUUUUUUUUUUUCCGGUCUUUUCUAGGGCCACACCCGCAGCAUAUGGAAGUUCCCAGUCUAAUUGGAGCUGUAGCCACUGGCCUACGCCAGAGCCACAGCAACAUAGGAUCUGAGCCACGUCUGCGACCUAUGCCACAGCUCCUUAACCCACUGAGCAAGGCCAGGGAUCAAACCCGCAACCUCAUGGUUCCUGGUUGGAUUCGUCAACCACUGUGCCAUGAAGGGAACUCCAAUUAAGCGCCUCUUUAACGCCAGGUACUGUGAGACAGUAAAAAGGAUUCAUGCCUUUUUUUUUUUUUUUUUUUUUUUUUUACUUUUUAGGGCUGAACCUGCAGCAUAUGAAAAUUCCCAUGCUAGGGGUCAGAUCGAAGCUGCAGCUGCUGGCCUGUGCCACAGCCACACCAGAUCUGAGCUGCCACAGCUCAUGGCAACGCUGGAUCCUUAACCCACUGAGCGAGGCCUGGAUCGAACCCGCAUCCUCAGGGAUCCUAGUCAGGUUCGUAACCUGCUGAGGCGUAAUGGGAACUCCAAGACUCAUUUCUUUGGGGUUGGAAGUGUGGAUAAGGGGCAAGAAAGACUUUAAAACAAAUGACGGAGGUUUGGACGUGUUAUGGAAGCUCCAGAGCAGGAAAGGAAGGCGGCAGGAGAUGGCUCAGCGGAGAUGACAUUUGAGCUAGGAGAUGACAUUUGAGCUAGCCGGGAAGGUGGAAAAAGGGUCUUUAGUGUGGCCCUUCCCCCAGGUCGGCAGUUGGAGCUCAGCCCGGAGGGCCCGCUCCAUUCCGGCUCCGAUUCCCUUUCAGGCCAUUCAUCCAAGCCUGGGCCGGGAGUGGGCGGGCAGACAAUCAGACACUGUUUUAUCCCAGGCAUCGGCUGCAACCUCCCGCCCGGCGCCCACAGCGCGCGGCCGCCCGGGGAAUGAGUCCUCGGGAACGUCUGCGCCUGGGCCUCUCCCGCCUGAGCUGGAGUCGGGCCGGAGGCGGGGAGGUCUGCGCAGCGGUCAGCGAGACGCAGAAAGCACAUCCUCCGCUCCGGACCAGCGGUCCCCACAGUCCCACCCCGGCUCCGGCCCCCAGCGUUCCCGGUACUGCGACGGACCACCCUCCUCCCAGAGGCCCUAUCCUGUUGAGCCCGCAAAGACCGUGAUCUGCGCACUACAACUCCCAGAAGGCUUCGCGGCCAGGCCGCCUAGGGACCAUUGACGAAUCGCAGAGGGUGGUCCGCCUAACCAGCCUCGAGCGGACGUGGCGUAUGGCGCUGCCGGAAGUUCCGGGAAGCGGGCCGGGAGGCCGGCCCGAGCUUCCGGGUGGGUCGCGCGCCUUCCUGCGGCUAAGAUGGCGGCCGAGCAUCCCGAGCCUCCGAAAGGAGAGUUGCAGCUGCCGCCGCCGCCGCCUCCUGGGCAUUAUGGUGCCUGGGCUGCUCAGGAGCUUCAGGCCAAAUUAGCGGAGAUCGGCGCUCCAAUCCAGGGGAGUCGCGAGGAGCUGGUGGAAAGGCUGCAGACCUACACCCGCCAGACUGGCAUCGUCCUGAGUCGGCCUGUUCUGAGAGGUGAAGAUGGGGACAAAGCUGCUCCCCCUCCUAUGUCAGCCCAGCUCUCUGGGAUUCCCAUGCCACCCCCGCCCAUGGGACUCCCCCCUCUACAGCCUCCUCCACCACCCCCACCACCUCCACCUGGCCUUGGCCUUGGCUUUCCCAUGGCAGUUGGACCCCGCCCUCCAAACUUGGGCCCCCCUCCUCCUCUCCGAGUGGGUGAACCUGUGGCACUGUCCGAGGAAGAGCGGUUAAAGCUGGCGCAGCAGCAGGCGGCAUUGCUGAUGCAGCAAGAGGAACGUGCCAAGCAGCAGGGGGAUCAUUCACUGAAGGAACAUGAGCUUUUGGAGCAGCAGAAGCGGGCAGCCGUGUUACUGGAGCAGGAACGGCAGCAGGAGAUUGCCAAGAUGGGCACCCCAGUCCCUCGGCCCCCACAGGACUUGGGCCAGAUUGGUGUUCGCCCUCCUCUGGGUGCUCGAGUAGCUGCCCCGGUGGGCCCCACUCCCACUGUUUUGCCUAUGGGGGCCCCUGUUCCUCGGCCUCGUGGUCCCCCACCACCCCCUGGAGAUGAGAACAGAGAGAUGGACGACCCCUCUGUGGGCCCCAAGAUCCCCCAGGCUUUGGAAAAGAUCCUGCAGCUGAAGGAGAGCCGCCAGGAAGAGAUGAACUCUCAGCAGGACGAGGAGGAGAUGGAAACAGACACGCGCUCGUCCCUGGGCCCGUCGGCGUCAGAGACCGAGGAGGACAGCGUGUCCGUGUCCAAAAAAGAGAAAAACCGGAAGCGUCGGAACCGAAAGAAGAAGAAAAAGCCCCAGCGGGUGCGGGGGCUGUCGUCGGAGAGCUCCGGGGACCGAGAGAAGGAGUCCAGCCGGUCCCGUGGCUCCGACUCGCCCGCGGCCGAUGUUGAAAUUGAGUACGUGACCGAAGAGCCUGAAAUUUACGAGCCCAACUUCAUCUUCUUCAAGAGGAUCUUUGAGGCUUUCAAGCUCACCGAUGACGUGAAGAAGGAGAAAGAGAAGGAGCCAGAGAAGCUCGACAAACUGGAGAACUCUGCGGUGCCCAAGAAGAAGGGCUUUGAGGAGGAGCACAAGGACAGCGACGAUGACAGCAGCGAUGACGAACAGGAGAAGAAGCCAGAAGCCCCUAAGUUGUCCAAGAAGAAGCUGCGCAGAAUGAAUCGCUUCACUGUGGCUGAACUCAAGCAGCUUGUGGCUCGGCCUGAUGUUGUGGAGAUGCAUGACGUGACGGCCCAGGACCCCAAGCUCUUGGUUCACCUCAAGGCCACGCGGAAUUCUGUGCCUGUGCCCCGCCACUGGUGUUUUAAGCGCAAGUACCUGCAGGGCAAACGAGGCAUCGAGAAGCCCCCCUUCGAGCUGCCAGAUUUCAUCAAACGCACAGGCAUCCAGGAGAUGCGGGAGGCCCUGCAGGAGAAGGAGGAGCAGAAGACCAUGAAGUCCAAGAUGCGAGAGAAGGUCCGGCCCAAGAUGGGCAAGAUCGACAUCGACUACCAGAAGCUGCACGACGCCUUCUUCAAGUGGCAGACCAAGCCCAAGCUGACCAUCCACGGGGACCUGUACUACGAGGGGAAGGAGUUUGAGACACGGCUGAAGGAGAAGAAGCCAGGCGAUUUGUCUGAUGAGCUGCGGAUUUCCUUGGGGAUGCCAGUAGGACCAAACGCACACAAGGUCCCUCCCCCGUGGCUGAUCGCCAUGCAGCGCUACGGGCCGCCCCCGUCGUACCCCAACCUGAAGAUCCCGGGGCUGAACUCGCCCAUCCCCGAGAGCUGUUCCUUCGGGUACCAUGCUGGUGGCUGGGGCAAACCCCCAGUCGAUGAGACCGGGAAACCCCUCUAUGGGGAUGUGUUUGGAACCAAUGCUGCUGAAUUUCAGACCAAGACUGAGGAAGAGGAGAUUGAUCGGACCCCUUGGGGGGAGCUGGAGCCGUCGGAUGAAGAAUCUUCAGAAGAAGAGGAAGAGGAGGAGAGCGAUGAAGACAAGCCGGAUGAGACAGGCUUCAUCACCCCUGCAGACAGCGGCCUCAUCACUCCCGGAGGCUUCUCGUCCGUGCCGGCAGGAAUGGAGACCCCUGAACUCAUUGAGCUGAGGAAGAAGAAGAUUGAGGAGGCGAUGGACGGAAGUGAGACACCGCAGCUCUUCACUGUGUUGCCGGAGAAGAGAACAGCCACCGUUGGAGGGGCCAUGAUGGGAUCGACCCACAUCUAUGACAUGUCCACGGUUAUGAGCCGGAAGGGCCCAGCCCCCGAGCUGCAAGGUGUGGAAGUGGCCCUGGCACCCGAAGAGUUGGAGCUGGAUCCCAUGGCCAUGACCCAGAAGUAUGAGGAGCACGUGCGGGAGCAGCAGGCCCAAGUGGAGAAAGAGGACUUCAGCGACAUGGUGGCUGAGCAUGCUGCCAAGCAGAAGCAAAAGAAACGGAAAGCUCAGCCCCAGGACAGCCGUGGGGGCAGCAAGAAAUAUAAGGAGUUCAAAUUUUAGGUCCCCUCACACGCCCGGCCCUCCUUUAGGCCCUUUGCCGGACACCUGGGCUUCGCACAUGGAUACCCAAGAGCCAGCUCUCCUGUUACUCCCCAGGGCUUGUCCUUUCAGGUUCAUGUUCUUAUUUUAGACCUGUUUUGUAAAUAAAGCUGUUUCCCAAGGAAAGAGAUGAACAUUUAA